ACCUCUUGUGCGGUAUUUGGGGUACACUAAAAAAGUCAUUGGUCGUUGAUGUGAAAUUCUGAUUUAACCAGGUGCCCUGUAUUUUCUCUGGCAACCCUGUCCCCUGCGCCCCUCGGCGGUAUCUGGAAAGAUUUUUGGUUGUCAUGAUGGGAUGUGGUACAGGCAAGGGGUGCUGCUCAGCAUCUGGACAGCCCCCACCAUGGAUAUCAAUGAGGCUGAGAAAGCUCCCCAGGCCAGGGCUCUCCUUUGCGGCUAGUCUCCUGGCAGUCUUCAGGUGUGGCAGGGGUUGGGGUGGGCCUGGGGGUCACGUCCCAGCUCAGUUGGUCCUGAGAAGCUGCUUGGUAGACAGUCACCGGCACAGAGGGCUGGAAAGUGCCCUUGACCCCAGAACCUGGGUCCUGUGAGGACAUCCACCCUGUGGGAGGCCAGGGAGUGCUCAGCAGAUGGGGGCAGCAGGGGAUUUCAGCAUGGGUGGGGGUUCCAACCAAGGCAGGCAGCUGAGCCAGCCCCACCUCAGAGUGCAGGGGCCCUCAGCUUAAUCUUCUCUGGGCUCCACUCUCGACUGAUGGACCCAUGGGGCACCCUGGCCCCACCCUGCCUGUCCUGCCCCAGCUCCUGCCCUUGCCCUGUAGGACUCUGCGGCCUCCCCUGUGCCUGUGUGCCCAGCUUACUAGACCCUGGACCUGCGAUCCCUCAGCUCCACUCUAGUCCCCUUACUUUGUCCCUCUACUCUGCCUGGCGCUGCUCAGCUCCUCCCUGCCUGUCCAGUGCCCAGCACCCUGUGCCCAUGACCUCAUAUCUGUCCCUCCGCCCGGGUCCCCUGCUUACCUGUGUUUUAGUCCAUCUUUGUCUGCUGACCCUAAUGUAGACUUUAAAAAUACAAAUACGCAUGCAUGUGGUUAAAAACUUGCUGAUGUCAGAUGGCUGGGAUGAAAGGACUGCCUGCUGCCUUCCCUCUUGUAGUGCUCGGACACCUCUGCAGGGGAAGCUCCUUGUUUUGUUUUGUUUUGUUUUGUUUUCCCCCACUUCUUAUUUUGAAAUAAUUAUAGAUUUGCAGGAAGUUGCAAAAAAAAAAAAAAAACAACCUGUGGGAGGAGAUCGCAUAGACCCCUCCCCAGUUCCCCUGAUUGCACACACAGGGCACAUCUGGGGUCUCUGGAUUUGUGUGUCUUACUUUGUGCGUGUGUGCAUGCAUGUGUAUAACUGCGAUUUUCUAACGUGCGAAUACCUGUGGCCAUGAUCAGGCCCAUGCGGCUUCCUGCUCCUGCCCCUGAAUGGGCACCCCCACCACCCCGAAACCUGUUCUCCAGCUGUAAAAUUGUGUCAUUUCAGGAGUGUCAUAGAUGGAUGCACCGGCCUGUUAUUUUUUGGCCUUACCCUUUUCCCUCACCAUAGUGCCCUCAGAUCCACCCACUUCUGUCCAUCUCUGGCUCCCUGUUCUUGCUGAGAAGUCCCCUGUCGUGUGGUGGCACCUUGAUUCUCCCCUUUUGGCCAUUACUAGUAGAGCUGGCUGCUGUGAGCUUUCGCUGCAGCAGGUUUUGUGUGAACUGCAGUGUUCAUUUCUCAGUGAUCCAUGCCCGGAAGUGAGAGAGCCAGGUCACAGGGUAGUUGCUUGUUUGAUAUUGUGAGGACUUGCACCCUGUCUUCCAGAGGGAUGCCCGUUUUGCCUCCACACCAGCAGCAUGCCAGUGACCUGGUUUCUCCUCGUGCUGGCCAGCGUUUGGGUUUGCCACUGCGUCUGUCUGGGACACAUUGCCUGUGUUUCCCUGGUGGCGUGGUGACCUUUUCGCACUGGUGGCGUGGUGACCUUUUCGCACCACACCUGCGGCUGCCCCUCUGUGCUGUCCUUGCUGUUCCUCCCAUCAUCUUAGCCCCACAUGUGUAAAUGACGUAUGUUCCCCUCCCUUGCCAGUGUUGUUUUUGAUGUCCUGUGACCACUGUCUUGGAGGGCGGGCCAGCUCCACUGGCUGUCACAGCUGGCUAUGCCCACCCUCCCUGCAUCAGGGUCCUCAGUGAGACCUGUGCCCACUGGUUCUGGGUAAUGAGUGUGAACAUUCUCUGUGGCUGCUGGCACGUGGGCAUGAUCACAGGGUAGAGUGAGACUGCAGAGAUGAGGGCAGCAGGCCCCCACUUGGCACCUGAAGCUCUGGGCGACUGGCAAGGACUGAGCCCUCUUCUGGCUGGAAGGGGCUGGGCCACCAGCUUGUGGGCUCCUCUCUGGCAGGCCCUCUGGGGGUCUUAUUACCUCCCUGUCUCAGCUCUCACCGGUCUGUGAAGCCUUGUGCAGUCCACACCUGCAAUCAACCCUAGCCAUGGAGGUGGCUGCACCCGAGGUAUCUCCACUUAGUGCCCCCCACCUGACAUGCCCCACGCUGCCCGGGCCUCUCCUCUCCCCACCAUCCAUCUGGUCAGGGGUCAUUCAUGUGGUGCCUGCCCAAAUCCUCUGAGGAGGGCUGCCUGGAGUGCAGGUCAGAAUGGCUCUGGGGUUGGGUUCUGAGACUUGACUUGGGGAGGCAGGUGGUGGACAUAGGUAGAGUGGUCCUCAGGCAUAUUGUACCUCCCUGACCUCCUCCUGGGCUCCUUGCUCCUCCCUCCUGCCCACCUUAGGACCCUCGGGCUCCUCGAUGGCUUCCCUGGGCUGGAACAGGCAGGUCUGGUUCUCAGUGGCUGUGCAUACCGUUCCUCUGUGGGGCCCUGCCCGUCCCUGCUCCCGCAUCCAGUGGACUGUUGUCAUUUCUUCCCUAGGCUUUGGGACUACUCCAGACGAUGCCCUUGGGCAGGCUAUUGUAGUUCUGCCAGUCCCUGGGCAAACAGGGUCUGUCUGCGCUAGCCCCUGUGAGCUUGUCUCUGCCUGCUUAGAGGAGAGCUCUGGAGGCGCAGCUCCGAGUGGCUGUGGGCAGGGCUCUCCAUGCGCUGGUCCAGGUGUGCCCUGUCUGGCCUGAUGUGCAUUGUCUGCACAUAUCCUGGCAUUGCUGUGGGCACGGCACGGCACUCUGCACUGUUCUCCAUGGUGCUCACAUCUAGCUGUGAUGCGCACCUUGGGAGGUGCUGCGGGGUGUGGCUAUGGGCGUGGCUCGCUGUGGGCGUGGCUCCCUGCUUGUGGUGACCCAGGCGCUUGCCUUGAAGGUGCAGUCCCUUGUGGCCGAGGGCAGGGCUCCUUGCGUUGGUCCACGGUGUACUCCUCUGACCGGGCUCCAGGAACACUCGGAGGAGGUGUCUGGCUUUCUCCUGGAGUGUGACAGCUCCGUGCAGGGCGCACUGCAGAAGCACCUCGCGCUGUACAGGAUCCGGCGGAAGGUCACGGUGGAGCCGCACCCGGAGCUGCGAGUAUGGGCGGUGUUGCCCAGUUCCCCUGAGGCCUGCGGGAAUGCACCGUUGCAGGAGAGUGCAGGGGCUGCUGCCAUCCUCAUCCGCGACCCGCGAACAGCAUGCAUGGGGUGGCGGCUCCUCACCCAGGACGAAGGCCCAGCCCUGGUGUCGGGGGGCCGGCUCGGGGACCUGUGGGAUUAUCACCAGCACCGAUACCUGCAAGGCGUUCCUGAGGGGGUCGGAGACUUGCCUCCUGGGGUGGCCUUGCCGCUGGAGUCCAACCUGGCCUUCAUGAACGGCGUGAGCUUCACCAAAGGCUGCUACAUCGGCCAGGAGCUGACAGCCCGCACCCACCACAUGGGCGUCAUCCGCAAGCGCCUCUUCCCUGUCAGGUUCUUGGACCCCCUUCCUGCCAGUGGCAUCACCCCCGGUGCCACGGUGCUGACUGCGUCAGGACAGACUGUGGGCAAGUUCAGGGCCGGCCAGGGCAACGUGGGGCUGGCCCUGCUGUGGUCAGAGAAGAUCAAGGGUCCUCUGCACAUCAGAGCCUCUGAGGGUGUUCAGGUGGCCUUAGCCGCAUCUGUGCCAGACUGGUGGCCUACAGUCUCCAAGUAGCCCGAAGCCUUGGCUGGUGCAGGCUGAUGGGGAGGCUGGGGCCUGGGGCCUCUGUCCUCUGUUGGGGGUCUUCCCAUUCCAUCUGUCUGCUGUGCUUACUGGGUGGGAGCCCUGGUUCCCAUCUGGGAAAGUCCCCGUUGUAGGUGCCCUGCCUGGCCCCGCCCAUGCUCAAGGGCCCCAGGCACGUGGGUUGUUUUCUCGCUGGGCUUCCUGUGGCCCCAGAGGAGCCCACUGUGUGAGUGCUGAGCUCCACGUGGCGCUGGGCCCCAAUUGUGGCUCCACACAGGGUUGUCUGGGAGGAUGGGACAGUGUCUCUGGCCAGCACUGGCAGCUUCUGUGCCUUGCACCCCACUCUGCCCAGCAUGAGCCUCAUGGGGGGUUGGUCCCUGUGCCUGGAAGCUGGGCGGUGUCCAGGGUCUGCAGGCUGGGGCUCGGGCUUUGGGAGUUGUUUCACCGUGCUUGUUUCCAGCAUGUCUCAGGGUGGGGUUGUGUGUGGUUUAGAGGGGUCUGGGACAUUGGAUCAGGUGGCAUGUGGGUUUCUGUGCAUGGAGGAGCACACAGGGCUGAGCCACCAGGUAUCCCAUGCUGCAGGCUUGUGGAAGGCUGUGCCCAUUGUCCAUGUUUCCCCACCUCUGUUCCUCCUCAGAGCCCUCCAGGAGCGUGGGGUAGGGCCAGCUCAGGGCUCAAAAGCCAGCAGGGCAGAGUUCUGCAUGUGUGUGCUGGGUUUCGGCACUGCCUGUGUUUGCAGUGAGAGUGACUUGCUGUCAGUCGUGGGGUGCAGCCUCCUGUUCACCCACUGGCUUCCCCCUUCCCAGUGAAGUGUGAGCUCCAUGUUUCAGGGCAUUUAUUAAAGAGUGAGCCACAAGCAGCCCCUUGGGAGCUCUGGUUUCAUUUGCGGGAGAGGGAGGCGGGGGCUUAGUUUCUGGGAUCUGGCUGACGACCCUGGGAACAGCUGUCCCUUGAGAAUGCCUAGACCUACCAGAUGAAGCACUUGGCAUGGCUGCAGGCCAGCAGGGGAGGCCUCAGAGGCCCAGGCUGGACAUGUGGGUGCCGAGUCUGCAAAGGACAGCCCCAUGGCUGUGAGCUGUUGGCUGCAGGGCACAGGGCCUGGGGGGCAGGCAUUUGGGCCACCGAGCUGGACCUUAGGGUGGUCACGGAGGGCCAAGCAGGCAGGGAGCCUGUGCAGCCAUCCUGGGGGGCCACAGGUGCUCUCUAGAAACCUUCAGCCAUGGCAGUUUCAGGGCCAGGGGUCUAAAGGCAGCUCUGAGCUGCUGUGUAGUUUGCCAUCACCACGGAGAAGGGUGUAGAGUGGAUGCACGGGAGGAAGUGGCUGCAGCUGGAGGGAAGAGGAGGGCUGUCCAGUCCCACCUGCUGCGGUAAGCUCUCCUGUGGGCAAGGAAACAACUAGGUGGCCCUGACCCCUGGGGUCCUGAGAGCCGGUGGCCUUCAGCCCCUCUUGGACAGGUCAUGCUCUGGAAGUCCCCAGUGCAGGAUGGAUUCCAGACCAGCAUCCCUGCAACCUUUCCAGCCCCACCGGCUGCUGCUUUAAACUGUCAUGGAGACAUUUGAUCAGCUUCCCGGCCAGUUUUCUCUCCAGCUCAGCCAGGAGUGGAUGCCUGUGGCCCGUGUCACCAAGAGCUGGUGUCUCCUGCAUGAGGGGCAUGCACCCCUGGAAUGAGGGUCUGUGCCUCGAGCUCAAAGUGCCCUGGCUCUCUCAUCUGCCUGAGGUUGCCUGGCAUUCCCAGCAGGACCUCCUUGAGUGCUGCAGCAUCUGGGAGCAUCCUAGCCUGUCCCGUGGGUGUGGCUGGGUGGUGAGCCAGGAAGGAAGCACGCCACUCCAGAGUGAGGUGCUGCCUGAGCCAUCCUGUGCCCCCUCAGUGUCUUCAGGUCUCUGCACGUGUCAGGAUCUCAAAAUACUUGGUUCAUAUCAAACACAUUCUGUGUUCUUCUGUGUC